AUGACGGGAAUUUUGCCCAACUACCAACGCUUUGUUAAUGGAGUACCCGUGCCGUCCAUAUCUCGACGUUCUUUUCGUCUUCGUGAAAAAUAUUUGAUUAUAUCUGUACUUUUCACAUUUGGAAUUGUGUGGCUUGGCGCACUGUUUUAUUUGCCAGAGUUUAAAACUUCUACGAGUGUAAACGAUAGUGUUUAUAAUGUAUACAAACGCAUACAGAAGGCAGGUCCCGAGCUCCUUAUGCCUCCACCUCUCGCUCAGAACGAAGUCGGUGAUUUUCCUGUAGUUGGUAUUGCUCGUCACGGCGAAGAAGGAGAUGAUCCUCAUAUAGUUGAAGACAGGAAUCGGCUCCGUGCUAAAAUUGAUGAGGACAUGGGCAUGAAAGUGUUGGAGAGACCUCAAUACGAUGUUGCACCUUCAGCUUCUUCCUCGAAAGGUCCAAGUAAGCCUCCAGUGGAUGCUAUUGAAGAGCCAGUACUCGGUAAUAUUGCGAACAAAGAUCUCUUACCUGACCACCUCCAGUCUCAUAGCCUGGUUAAGACAUAUCAAGUGCCGUCUCUCGAUGCAAACAUGGACCCUGAUGUUCGUCACAAAAGGGACACAGUGAAAGAGAUGAUGCGUCACGCUUGGAACAACUACAAGUUGUACGCGUGGGGUAAGAAUGAGUUGAAACCGAUGACUAAACGAGCUCAUCUGACCAGUGUGUUUGGAGGUGGGGAUUUAGGAGCUACCAUAGUUGAUGGUAUGGACACACUCUACGUCAUGGGACUGAUAGAUGAGUUCAGGGAAGGUAGAGACUGGAUAGCUGAGCAUUUCCACAUCAAUGAAAUUGACUCGGAUCUGUCUGUGUUCGAGACUACCAUCAGGUUCGUAGGUGGUCUCCUCUCCUGCUACGCGCUGACAGGGGAUGCUGUGUUCCGUGACAAGGCUGCUGAGGUAGCUGACGCACUACUGCCAGCCUUCGAGACACCCACUGGAUUACCUUACGCACUCAUAAAUCCAUCCAAUAAGGCUAAUCGUCAGUAUCACUGGGCAGGCGCUAACAGUAUACUGUCUGAAGUAGGCACCCUUCAUCUAGAGUUCACAUAUCUCAGUGACGUGACCGGCAAAGAUGUGUACAGACAGAAGGUGGAACGUAUUCGUGAUGUUCUUCACAAUAUCCAGAAGCCAGAAGGUCUUUAUCCCAACUACAUCAAUCCAAGGAACGGGCAGUGGGGGCAGAAGCACACAUCUCUUGGAGCGCUAGGCGAUUCCUUCUACGAGUAUCUGUUGAAGGCCUGGAUCCUAUCAGACAACGAGGACGUUCAGGCUCGAGAGAUGUUCGAUGAAGCGAUGCAGGCCGCCCUCGACAAGAUGCUAAGGACAUCCCCUUCAGGGCUCGCAUACCUCGCGGAGGUCAAAUACGGCAGGAUAUUUGAAGAGAAAAUGGAUCAUUUAUCGUGUUUCGCAGGUGGUAUGUUUGCUCUCGCUUCAACAACAAUGUCAAACUCUCUGUCUGAGCGAUACAUGGACGUGGCUCGCAAACUGACUCACACAUGUCACGAAAGCUACGACCGCUCAGAAACUAAACUCGGACCGGAGGCAUUCAGAUUCUCUGGCGCCGUAGAAGCUCGCGCUAUGAAGAGUAAUGAGAAGAUGUACCUACUGCGACCAGAAACCUUCGAGAGCUACUUCAUCAUGUGGAGACUCACCAAGGAUCAGAAGUAUAGAGACUGGGGCUGGGAGGCGGUUCAGGCUCUUGAGAAGCAUUGUCGAGUGGAGGGAGGGUACACCGGUCUACUGAACGUGUACCACGCCUCGCCGCAAGGGGACGACGUACAACAGAGCUUCUUCCUAGCUGAAACGCUUAAGUACCUCUACCUGUUGUUCUCCGAGGACUCCUUACUUCCAUUGAACGAAUGGGUGUUCAACACAGAAGCACAUCCUUUGCCCAUCAAGAACAAAAACCCGCUGUACCGAGCCGCUGAUAAGAACGCUAUCAUUGGAAAUGAGAGCAAUCAGAUUUAA